GCCGAGCUCACCGUGCGCAACCCCGUCUUCUGGCUGCGGCUCUGCGCGAUGGGCGACCUCGGCUUCGCGGAGGCGUACAUGUACGGCGAAAUAGACUGUGAUGAUCUUGCGAAGGUCUUCCUGGUAUUCCUGGCAAACCGCGCGGAGCUGUCUACGCUCGACAACUCCCUGUUUUCGCGCAUCAUGGCGCGCAUGCCCCAGGUCGGACUCGGCUCGUACAUCGUGAACACCGUCGCGAACGCGCGCAAGAACAUCAGCGCGCACUACGACAUCAGCAAUAACAUGUUCAUGGGCUUCCUCUCGAAAGACAUGACCUACUCCUGCGCGAUCUUCCCCGAGCUCGACGGCGACCUGCACCCGCCCUCGUCCAGCUCGUCCUCCCCAACCCCCUCUCGCACUGGCGCGUCUACCCCGAGCACCCUCGCGGGGUCCGACGACGCGCCCAAAACGAUCCAGUUCGACGCGCUCGCGCUCUUCCCCGCGCCCAGCGCCGAGUCCGAACCCCCCAGCGGCCCCGACGCGCUCGAAGCCGCGCAGUUCCGCAAGCUGCGCCACAUCCUGCGGAAGGCAGACAUCCGCCCCGGACACAGGAUACUCGAGAUCGGCUCCGGGUGGGGCGCGCUCUCGAUCCUCGUCACCAGCACGAUCCCGGGCACGACCGUCGACACGCUCACGCUCUCGACGCAGCAGGCCGCGCUCGCGAACGCGCGCGCGCAGGCCGCGGGCGUGGGCGACCGCGUGCGCGUGCACCUGCUCGACUACCGGGACAUGCCGCGCGAGUGGGAGGGCGCGUUCGACCGCGUCGUGAGCGUGGAGAUGGUCGAGGCGGUGGGGAGGGAGUAUAUGGAGACGUAUUGGGAGAAGAUCGACUGGGCGCUGAACAAGGAGACGGGCGUUGGUGUCGUGCAGGGCAUCACGAUCCCCGAGGCGCGCUUCGAGCAGUAUAUGCGCGAAGUGGACUUUAUCCGGAAAUGGGUGCUAUUCCCCGGGGGCUUCCUCCCAACACUCGCCUUCCUCAUCGAAACGCUCAACAAGGGCUCGCACGGCCGCCUCGUCGUCGACGCCGUAUCAAACAUCGGCCCGCACUACGCGCGCACGCUGCGCGAGUGGCGCCGCCGCUUCGAGGCGCGCUUCGAGGACACCAUCGUGCCCGCGCUGAAGGCGGAGUACCCGGGGGUGAUGGACACGGACGACGCGAAGGCGCGCGAGGAGAUCGAGGUGUUCCGGCGGAAGUGGAUAUACUACUACUGCUAUUGCGAGGUCGGGUUCACCACGCGGAGACUAGGCGACCACAUCAUCACUUUCAGUCGAGAAGGGAACGUCGAGUAUGGAUGCCAGGUGUACGAGUAG